GUCGUGUCUGUGUGCCGAGUAACCGGCGCCCCCCUCCUCCUUCCAUCCGAUAACACGCGGCCUCCGUUACAAUAUAUCCCCCUCUACCCUAAUCUUCCCAAAACCUCCAUCUGCACACCCCUUAUCACCCCUGGGAAACCGAGGCUGCCGGUGACGGGGAGAGGGGGGCGGCCGGGAACCGUUAACAGCUGGCUAGAACCGAACUGCAAACCUGAGGAGAAUGGCUACUGACUCUGGAGAGCCAGCAAGUACGGACGAGACUGAAAAACCAGCUGGAUUCUCUACCACGGAAGGAGAAGGGUCUCAAAGUUCUUCACUGGCCCAUCAGGCAAGCAUGGAGGAGCAAGAGAAACCCAACUCGGCUGCUGGGAACAGCGAAAGGAAGCGCUUCUUUAGAAAGAGCGUGGACAUUACAGAAGACGACAGGAUUCUUGAACCAGCCAUGAAAGAGGAAAAGAUCAGCGACUGCGUUUCCCAGCAACUGGGUCACAGAGCAAAUGCAGAAGUUUCAGAGCGGGAAGGAAAAAGUGAACCCAAAGCAGUUUCUGAGACCUGUAAAGACUCUCUUAAGGAAAAAAGUGAGAAGGAGAUGGAGGAAGAGGCAGAAAUGAAAGCUGUUGCCACUUCCCCAAGUGGCAGGUUCCUAAAAUUUGAUAUUGAGUUGGGCCGUGGGGCCUUUAAGACUGUCUUCAAAGGACUGGACACAGAAACGUGGGUAGAAGUUGCUUGGUGUGAGCUGCAGGACAGGAAACUAACCAAAGCCGAGCAGCAAAGAUUCAAAGAAGAGGCAGAGAUGUUAAAGGGUCUCCAACACCCAAAUAUUGUGCGGUUCUAUGACUCCUGGGAGUCUACACUGAAGGGGAAGAAAUGCAUAGUUUUGGUCACAGAACUGAUGACUUCGGGCACUUUAAAAACUUACUUGAAGCGCUUUAAAGUAAUGAAACCCAAAGUACUGAGAAGCUGGUGCCGGCAGAUCUUGAAGGGGCUUCAGUUCCUACACACACGGACACCGCCUAUAAUCCACCGCGAUCUAAAAUGUGACAACAUAUUUAUCACAGGGCCCACUGGCUCGGUGAAGAUCGGCGAUCUGGGUCUUGCCACCUUAAUGCGAACAUCAUUCGCCAAGAGCGUGAUUGGGACCCCAGAGUUCAUGGCUCCAGAAAUGUACGAGGAACAUUAUGACGAAUCUGUGGAUGUCUAUGCAUUUGGCAUGUGCAUGCUGGAAAUGGCUACCUCAGAGUACCCGUAUUCUGAGUGCCAGAAUGCUGCUCAGAUAUACCGCAAAGUAACCAGCGGUAUCAAACCUGCGAGCUUCAACAAGGUAUCCGACCCAGAAGUAAAGGAAAUCAUUGAGAGCUGUAUCCGUCAGAAUAAGUCUGAAAGACUGUCCAUUAAGGAGCUCCUGAAUCACGCCUUCUUCGCAGAGGACACUGGCCUUCGUGUGGAGCUGGCGGAAGAAGAUGAUAGUACUAGUGCAUCACUGGCCUUGCGUCUUUGGGUGGAAGACCCUAAAAAGCUCAAGGGCAAACACAAGGACAACGAAGCCAUAGAGUUUAGCUUCAAUUUGGAAAUGGACAAUCCGGAUGAGGUGGCUUUUGAAAUGGUGAAAUCCGGAUUUUUCCAUGAAAGUGACAGUAAGUCGGUUUCAAAAUCUAUUCGUGACCGAGUGUCUCUCAUCAAGAAGACCAGGGAAAGGCGACUGCUAGCAGGAUUCCCUGAACGCCCUGAUUUACAGAGCAAAACUGGAGUGGCUCCCCUUACGCAGCCUUCCGUUCUUGCUACUGCUGGAUACCCUCAGCAUGGAGGUAAUGAAAGUGAAGAGACGGAGGUUGACCAGCAUGUGCACCAACAGCUACUCCAGCAGCAGCAGCAGUUUCAGCAGGUUUCCUCUGUCACAGCUGAGAGCAUGUCAGACACUGGAGCAGGAUCAAUCAUACUGUCAGAUUCAUCUAGUCAGCACAGUACCGUCUAUACUGCAGGCCAUGAGCAGAUGAUUGCCCAGCAAGUGACUAGCAUGCCUCAGGCGGAGACUAACCACACGGCGCAGUUGUACCAGUCUCAGCAAGUUGUGGGUCACAGUCAGCAAACGCCGUCUAUUACGCCAGCACAAUGCUUCACGCAACUUGGCUCUCCAUACCCGCAGCCUGCAGCUACUGAAAGAGUUCUUGGCACACAGUCUCUGGAUACACAGGUGGUGUUUGCUGCAGACGGUCAGCCUGUCGCUCAGGCUAACGCCAUGGAUCCUUCAGUGAUUUCUUUGCUGCAGCCAGCAUUGUCUGCCUUAUCACCACAGAUGAUACCUGGACAUGUGGCAUCUCAGCAGGUCACAGCUGGCAUUCAGGUGGAGCCUUGUGGCAUGACUGGGAUUCAAAUCCAUGGUGAUGCUCAAGCUCCAGCGCUGCUUCCUGUUCAUCAUCCUACAUUAUUGGGACAAUAUGGCAUCCAGAAUGUAAUGCAUCACCCGUCGAAUGUCCUGGGAGUACAAGUGAAUACUCCACACCAACAUCAGGUAACCUCAGUACAGCAACCAGCGAUGCCUCUGCAGGACCCAUUAGCGUAUUCUGCAACUUUACAGCAAGGACACAACUUUCAGAUGCAGUCUCUUUUUGAGCAGCUUCAGUGUUCCGCGCAUCAGCCUCCCUGCCAAGCUCCGCUGGCACAGCAGCAUCUCAUGUUGCAAACCACAGCUGUAGAACAAGGAUCCAAAGUAAUGUACACUGACGCUUUUAUACAUGAUGCUGUUCCACAGCAAGUACCUGUGGAGAAGCAGCAAGAGUCUGAACAGCUGUUAUUGAACACACAAGCUCUGUCUGUGCCACCCCAUCCUUCCGAGGUGUCUUCAUUUGAACAAGCGGCCUUUUCAGCUCUCACAGGGUCAUUAGCUCAGUUACCCCAAGCGUUGGCAUCUGGUAUGCUUGACAUGCCUGCGUACACCCAGUAUCCAGUACCACCCCUUGGUGUCUCCCAACUUUCCUGUGAGCAGGAACAGUCGCCAUACCUGGUACAACCUGAAAAAACACAGUUUGCUCAGCAUCCGGCAAAUUCCUUGGUCACAGAGCAGUCUGUACUUCCGCAGCAUAAUGUUUUACAUAAUCCUCCUGAACAGCCCCUUUAUAUUCAGAUCCCACCCUUGGAAGUUUAUGGACAGCAGUGUGUUGCCGCCGUAGAACAGAUGGUUCGCACACCCAAAGCUGCCCCUGGUUAUGACCAGCCAGUGUUUGUACAGCAGGCCACCUCCUUGCGCGAUCAACGCGUCUUUAGUCCACUGUGUCCACAGAGUUCAGACUCGCCUGUUUACGUGCCACAAUCUGUACAGCCUCGGGAGCAGUGUUCACCAGCCCAGCGUUCUGUAGUAGCCCCCGACCAGAUCUUGUACAUGCAGCAAGCUGCACCAUCUAUUAACAAGCCUGUACACCCGCAGCACGUUGCAUCAGCAGAGCCGCCAGCGCAUACGCAGCCACCACCGACAGCUGCAGAGCAGCCAGUGUACACCCAAGUAAUGGUGGCAGAUCAGCCAUUGAAUACAUCCAAAGCCUUACAAGCUGAGCUGCCAUUACAUAUGCAGCAAGCUGAACAGCCGAUGUACUCCCAGAACAUUGUGUCAUCCGAGCAGUAUACACAGCAGGCUGGGCCAUCCAAGCCGCUAAUGUACACACAGGAAAGCAGUUUAUCUGAGCAGCCAGUGAGUACACAGCAAGUUGUACCAAGCGAACAUCAAGUGCAUGUGCAGCAAGCUCCCAUCUACACGCAGCAAACUGCCUCAGCGGAGCAUCCACUUGCUGAGCAAUCCUCGUCAACUGAUCGUCCCGUGUAUGCCCAGCAAGCCAUGCCAUCUGAGCACCCCCUGUACGUGCAGCAGCUCACGUCAGCAGAGCACGCAGCGUACACGCAGCAAUCUGUGUCAGCCGAGCGUCCCAUAUUUGUGCAGCAGGAUUCCGCAGCGGAGCGUCAUAGAUACACUCAGCAAGCCGUAUCAUCCGAGCCGGUUUUUGGAUUACAAGCUAUAACUUCUUCUAACCAACCUGCUUAUAAUCGAGAAGCUGCUCCUUUUGAGGACCAGCCUAGUAACGUUCUAAAAGCUGUCCCGCCUGUUAAUCAACAAAUCUAUACCGUAGAAGCCGUUAUACCCACUGAUCAACCGGUAUAUAAUGUACAUACUGUGCCUCAGGUGGGCCAACCAAUAUAUAACCAAUCUGUUUCUCAGCCAAUGCAUACUGAGAAAGCUCCUUCUGCCGAUCAGCUUGGAUAUACUCAACACACCGCUUCAUUAGUUGGACUGCAAGCUUGUUCCCCGAGAACUGGGUCUCCAGCCUCUCAGGUGAUGUAUAAUUCACAGCCAGGAGUUGUUGACAAUGCUUAUAUUCAACAGACGUUUCCCCCUGCUGACCCAAACUUAUACAACCAGCAUGUUGUCCCGCAUCCUGACAAAUCGGUUUAUAUCCCUCAAACCAUGCUCUCUUCUCAGCAGCCGCUGUGUGUGCCAUUGCAGCAUACCAUCCCAGAGAAGCCAAACCUGUAUUCCCCGCGCAUGGAAUUGUCUUCUCAGUCGCACUCUUCUCCUCCUGCGUAUGCUCAGCACCAUGUGCCUACUUCAGAGCAGACAGCUUAUGCUGUGCAUGCUGCUCCAGCAACGGAGAAGCCGAGCCUCGCUCAACCCAUGUUGCUUUCUGAUCAGCUAGGGAACCUUAAUUUGCAGGCAAACCCAACACCCCCCCAAGAGCAGAGAGACGAACUGCAAACCGACAAGAGUUUAUAUACUCCCCUGCUUAUACAGUCGCCAGAUCAACAAGCUAUGUUUGUGCAUACGCAAGAUUCAAAAUAUAUUUAUGGAGAACAGAAUGCGUGCCAUCCACAGUCCAAUCUCGGUAGUUUAUUGCCUUCAGAGAAUCAUCAUAUUUUGACAUCCAUGGCUUCCCAACCGGCAUCAUCAAGCAAAAGCAUUCCUGUUCUCUCCCAGCCAUCAGCCCAAGUACAACAAGCUGUCUCAGGAUAUCCUCCAUCGGAUCAGGGACAAGCGUCUCAGAUUUUCACUGUCCAGCAACAGAAUAGCCACCAACCUAAUCCCCAUUUUGCUUCUCAAGAGCCUUUGCCUCAUCCUGCAUAUUACCAUCAGCCUCCUGUUCAGGUUUAUGAUGCGCAGAACUUUGGGCCUCAAGAGUCUCUCCCCGGGAUGGCUGCCAUACCUCCAAACCUCCCUGUUUUGUCACAGAUGCCAAGUCAUGCCCAACCAGCAUCUCUAGAUCAAGUCACCUCGCUGCCACAUCUACAGCAACAAUUGCCUCUGCAGUCCGCACCGAGUGACCACGGCGGGUCUCGUCCCGUUUCAGUAUCUCAGCAGCAACAGGCAGUCGACUACAUCGCACCUCCUGCGCUCCAGCAGUCAGAUCCAGACCCGCAACAGGUAACGCUUCAAGGGAGAUUAAUGGUGAUUUUCCAUGUGUUUGUUUCACAGCCUCUGCAGUCCUUGUCUCAGGUUCCUGCAUCGGAACAACCUGCUGUUCAGAAUCCAGACGCUAUUCAGUGUAAUGAAACUUAUAAGGACAACUCCAGCUUUGCAGAUGGACUUAUUGGGAAUGGCAAACUGGAGAAGAUAAAGCAACGCAGGGCAUCCUGCCCCAGGCCAGAUAAAGCGACUCGCUUCAUUCUGACUGUUAUGCAGGUUUCAACAUCUGGGGAUAACAUGGUGGAGUGCCAGCUGGAGACCCACAACAACAAAAUGGUGACAUUUAAAUUUGAUGCAGAUGGAGAUGCUCCUGAAGAUAUUGCUCAUUACAUGGUGGAAGAUGACUUUGUGCUGGAAGCAGAGAAGGAAAAGUUUAUAGAGGAGCUGAUGCUAAUUGUAUCUCAAGCCCAGGAGAUUCUGCACACCACAUCAACAGAUUGCGGCCAACUGGAAUCAAGCAGCCAGACUGGAUCUUCAGAACAUGUGCAGACGGCAAUCCCAGCUCCUUCCCAGGCAGGCGCCGAGUCUGUGCCUCAGUCCUCCCCGGUUGGUCGUUGGAGAUUUUUCAUCAACCAAACAAUUAAAAACCGUGAAGCUACUCAGUCAACUGUGGUAAAGGUUUCCCAGCCAACUUCAGAUUCACCGGAAAGUGGGCAUCAAAAUAUCCCAGAAGACUCUCCUCUUUCUGCAGAAAGCCAUUCCCUUCUGCCACAGAGCAUGGUGUCCGGUUCGCUUCCUCAAACAGAUGGGCAAAUCUCUACUCCUAUAAUAGAGCCCCAGCCCCCUCCGGUUCAAGUCUCAAUCGGUAGUGAAAUCAUGUCCGGUCAAGUAAAUAGUGCCGUCUCACAAAAUGGGCAGAUUAUGACUGAGCCUGUGAAUAGCAGCCAAAAACUAGCCACAGAUCCUGAUGCGCAGCCAGACACCUUGUCCUCUGGUGGCCAGGAUGCCCAAACCACAAAUGGUGGCAUUCACACAUCUGAACCUGUCAUCCAGAAUGCCACUGGCUUGUCUCUUGGUUUAAAUCUAGAUGUGGUGGGUCCUGAUGCAACCGUGUUCCCUCAGACCCCUGUCUCAGAAGCUUCACUAAUGCAAUCUGCAUCAGUGCAGGAGUCUGACACGGAAGGACCUCCAAAAAUAGAUUUUGUUGACAACCGCAUCAAAACCUUGGAUGAGAAAUUGAGAACAUUGUUGUAUCAGGAUAGCUCUGCUAGUUCCUAUGCCGACAGCCAGAAAGAGACGCAGAGUACCGAGUCUCCUCUGUCAUCAUCUGCUGAGGAUACCUUAUCUUGCCCGGCUCCAGAAGCUUCGCAUGUAAAUGCCACCAGUGUUCAGGCCACUCCGGAGGACAUCGAACCUGCUGAUUCUUUGGCACCCGGACAUCUAGAAGCUGCCCCUUCUGUGUCUGGUGAACUAACACCGUCUGAAAGCUUGGAAGAUGCCUGGCAUCCUGGAAGUUCUUCUCAUACCUGCACCAAACGUACUUUGGGUACUGGAGCCGCGCAUCUACACACAGGAGUACCUGAAGAGGAUGGCGCAAAUCGAGAUGCAUCUGACCCCACACAAAGGGUUGUCGAAGCUCUUGCUGAAUGUACCUUGUCUGAUGGGUCUUCUAGUGGGACUGGUACAUUUAAACGUGGGCGCUUUCAGGUUGUUACCGUACCACAGCAAGAGCAGCCUGCUUCUAGUGAACCUGCUGGGGAUCCCGCUAAUGGAAUAAUGUCAGGAGAAACAGAAUCGCCUGGUACCAGAGCAGAAGACACGCCGCAGUCUGCCAGCACUGCUUGCGAAACAGAUGCUUCUUCCAUCACACCAGACAGAGAAUUGGAGGAAACCUCUGCCACUGGUAGUAGCGCUCAUUCCCACUCGGCUCUGUGGAUGAAAGACAUCCCAAGUCAAAGCAACUAUCAUAAGCACACCAGCAGUGACUCUGAGAUUUCCGGUGUACUGAACAGACCCCAGGAACAGAAGGUCAAGGAGAGAGAGCCUGGGCAACAUCAGCAGGGAGAGAAAACGAGUUCCCAGAAACAGAAUUAUCUUAUUUACUCUCCAUCCUCUCCCAUGAGCAGUGAUGAUGAGUCGGAGUUAGAAGAUGAGGACUUAAAGGUGGAGCUGCAAAAACUGCGUGAAAAACACAUUCAGGAGGUGGUAACCCUGCAGGCCCAGCAAAGCAGAGAACUCCAGGAGCUGCAUGCGCGCCUUCGUAGUCUGAGAGAAAGCAAAGCGCAGUCGUUGGAUGCAUCUUCCCAACCCAUGUCCCCCCGACGACCCAGGUCCCUAAAAAGCAAACAGCGCAGCCGACCUCAGUCUCUGACCCAUAUGGACAACGGAAUAGGACAUUCAGACCCAGAUCACUGCAGUGAGAGCAACUCGGAUGCCUGCCAGCAGUCCAUCUCUGGAAAGAAGAGCAUGUUCACAGAUGAUCUGCACAAACUGGUGGACGACUGGGCAAAAGAAAAUGCUGGAAACAUGGCUUUAAAACCCAGUCUCAAUCAGAUCAAACAAAACCAGGGCCGUUCAGAGGCAGAUAACUGGAGUCGGAUCUGUGAGAAUUCUACAGCCACAUCAGGUUACCCAUCCAGCUGGGCUCCCUCGCUGUCUCACAUUCACGGGACAGUCCCCUCAGCGGUCUCUCAAAAUCUUGUUCUCCCCAACUUUACACCCGGAGGAAUACCACCUUACCCAUUAACGCAUGCCUGCCAGUACAAUACCAUUGGCAGCCCUGGUUACCCUUUACCGUGGUCUACCCAGUCAGCUGUCAUCUCUAACCAGCACCUUGCAGCGUACCAGGCCAGCAUUGGAGCACAAGCGUUUUCCCCCUCUGCUGCCCAGAAAGCAGCCGCAAUCCCAUCAUCCCCGAAAUGACUGUGUGCCCCGUGAUCAUCUUGCCUUCCUUACUAACUUCACCAGAUACCAACGUGCUCCUCGUACUGUUGUUGUCGCCUCUCUGAUCGAGAGGUGGUUUUGCAAAGGGUGUGCUAUUUUGAGGUUUUAUUUUCUUGGGCGUUAUAUAUUUUUUUUAUUUUGUUAAAUGGGAGGAAAUUCUCCCUUUCUUGUGUUUUGAAAUUGUGUGGAUUGGGUUAAACUUCCUCUGAAUUAUUUGCUUACUUUCUUUUUUCUUUUAAUCCUUUGAGGACAGAGGUAAGUCCAUGUGCCAUAUAGGCUUCUGAAUGUGUCCCAACCAGACUUCAUAAAUAAACUCCUGCAGCCAGUC